GGCGAAGGGGCGUGUCCGCGCCUGGCCGUCCAAUUAGAGACGCCGGCGUAAGGCGUGGGAGCCACAGGGCGGAGGGCGAGGGGACCGCUAAGGCCCAUCACUCCUCAUUCAUGUUCGCACCCGGGGCUCGGCGCGGGAGGCGGGAGCCUGGGAGGACGCCGGGAUAUGGACUCGGUGGCUUUCGAGGAUGUGGCUGUGAACUUCAGUGAUGAGGAGUGGGCUCUGCUGGACCCGUCUCAGAAGAAACUGUACAGAGAUGUGAUGCAGGAGACCUUCACUAACUUGGCUUCCAUUGGGGAAAAUUGGGAAGACCAGAGCAUUGGGGAUGAGUAUGAAACCCAGGGAAGAAAUAUAAGAGAUCAUGUAGAAUGGAGACCCUGUGAAUGGAAAAGUCCAUGUAGGGAAACCUUCAUCCAGGUUCCAGUUCUUAAACAGAACAAGAAAACUCUUCCUGGAGUAAAACCCUAUGAAUGCAGUGUGUGCAGAAAAGUUUACACGUGUCAUUCAUCUCUUAAAAGGCAUAUGAAAUCUCAUACCGAACACAAACAGUAUGAGAAUCACAAAUACAGAGUAAAGUCAUAUGAAUGUAAAGAAUGUGGGAAAACAUUCAACUUUCGAAGUUCCUUUCGAAUACAUGAAAGGACUCACACUGGAGAGAAACCGUAUAAAUGUCAACAAUGUGGGAAAGCUUUCAGUUGGCCCAGUUCCUUCCAGAUACAUGAAAGAACGCACACUGGAGAGAAACCCUAUGAGUGUAAGGAAUGUGGCAAAGCCUUCAUUUAUCAUACCACCUAUCGAGGACACAUGAGAAUGCACACAGGUGAAAAACCCUAUCAAUGUAAAGAAUGUGGGAAGACUUUCAGUCAUCCCAGUUCAUUUCGAAACCAUGAAAGAACUCACUCUGGAGAGAAACCCUACAAAUGUAAACAAUGUGAAAAAGCUUUCAGAUAUUACCAAACUUUCCAAAUACAUGAAAGGACCCACACUGGAGAAAAACCUUAUCAAUGUCAACAGUGUGGAAAAGCUCUCAGUUGUCCCACAUCUUUUCGAAGUCAUGAAAGGAUUCACACUGGAGAAAAACCAUAUAAAUGUAGAAAAUGUGGCAAAGCCUUUAGUUUUCCCAGUUCCUUUCGCAAACAUGAAAGAAUUCACACUGGAGAGAAACCUUAUGAUUGUAAGGAAUGUGGGAAAGCAUUCAUUUCUCUUCCAAGCUUUCGAAGACAUAUGAUAAUGCACACUGGAAAUGGGCCUUAUAAAUGUCAAGAGUGUGGGAAAGCCUUUGAUUGUCCCAGCUCAUUUCAAAUUCAUGAGCGAACACACACUGGAGAGAAGCCCUAUGAAUGUAAGCAGUGUGGGAAAGCCUUCAGUUGUUCUAGUUCUUUUCGAAUGCAUGAAAGGACUCACACUGGAGAGAAACCCCAUGAAUGUAAACAUUGUGGGAAAGCCUUCAGCUGUUCCAGUUCUGUUCGAAUACAUGAAAGGACUCACACUGGAGAGAAGCCCUAUGAGUGUAAACAGUGUGGUAAGGCCUUUAGUUGUUCCAGUUCCUUUCGAAUGCAUGAGCGAAUUCAUACUGGAGAGAAACCCUAUGAAUGUAAGCAAUGUGGUAAGGCCUUUAGUUUUUCCAGUUCUUUUCGGAUGCAUGAAAGGACUCACACAGGAGAGAAGCCUUAUGAAUGUAAGCAGUGUGGGAAAGCCUUCAGCUGUUCCAGUUCUUUUCGAAUGCAUGGAAGAACUCACACUGGAGAGAAGCCUUAUGAAUGUAAGCAAUGUGGGAAAGCCUUCAGCUGUUCCAGUUCCAUUCGAAUACAUGAAAGAACACAUACUGGUGAAAAACCAUAUGAAUGUAAACAGUGUGGUAAGGCCUUCAGCUGUUCCAAGCUCUGUGCGAAUACAUGAAAGAACUCACACUGGAGCGAAGCCCUAUGAGUGUCAACAGUGUAACAAGGCCUUCAGUUGCUCCCGUUCUUUUCGGAUCCAUGAAAGAACUCACACUGG